AUGCUCUCCGGGGCCCCUCCGCCGCCCGCCGGUUUCCCCAACCCGCCGCCUCCGCAGCCUCCGCCGCCACCCCCGCCGCCCGCCGCUCCCCCCCACGGGCCACCGCUGCUGCCGUUCCCGGUGAAGGGCGGCCUGCAGAUCCGGAAGAAUGCCAUCACGGACGACUACAAGGUCACCACGCAAGUCUUGGGGUUGGGAAUCAACGGCAAAGUUUUGGAGAUCUUCAGUAAGAAAAGCGGCGAGAAGUUCGCUCUCAAGAUGCUGCAGGACUGCCCAAAGGCACGGAGGGAGGUGGAGCUGCACUGGAGGGCGUCGCAGUGCGCGCACAUCGUCCGCAUCAUGGACGUCUACGAGAACCUCUACCAGGGCAGGAAGUGUCUGCUCAUCGUCAUGGAGUGCUUGGAUGGUGGGGAGCUCUUCAGCAGAAUUCAAGACAGGGGAGACCAGGCCUUCACAGAACGGGAGGCUUCAGAGAUAAUGAAGAGCAUCGGGGAAGCCAUCCAGUACCUGCACUCCAUCAACAUCGCGCACCGGGACGUGAAGCCAGAAAACCUCCUGUACACCUCCAAGAGGCCCAAUGCUGUGCUCAAGCUCACCGACUUCGGCUUUGCUAAGGAGACCACCACGCACAACUCCUUGGCCACUCCGUGCUACACACCUUACUAUGUGGCCCCAGAAGUGCUGGGCCCAGAGAAGUAUGACAAGUCCUGUGACAUGUGGUCCCUUGGUGUCAUCAUGUACAUCCUGCUGUGUGGGUAUCCUCCCUUCUACUCCAACCACGGCCUGGCCAUCUCCCCUGGCAUGAAGAAGAGGAUCCGGAUGGGCCAGUACGAGUUCCCCAACCCUGAGUGGUCAGAAGUGUCAGAGGAAGUGAAGCAGCUGAUCCGCAACCUGCUGAAGACAGACCCCACCCAGCGCAUGACCAUCACCGAGUUCAUGAACCACCCCUGGAUCAUGCAAUCCAUGCAGGUGCCCCAGACCCCACUGCACACCAGCCGUGUGCUGAAGGAGGAGAAGGAUCUGUGGGAGGAUGUGAAGGAGGAGAUGACCAGUGCUCUGGCCACCAUGAGAGUGGACUAUGAACAAAUCAAGAUCAAGAAAAUUGAAGAUUCCUCCAACCCUUUGCUGAUGAAGAGGAGGAAGAAAGCAAACCCCACUGAGCCUGCUGCUCUACCCCACUGAUGAGGACACCCCCUCUGCCCACCAGCCCUAGAGAGAGAGAGAGAGAGAGAGAGGAAAAAAAAAAAGCAAUAACUAUAUUAUAUAUAAAUAUAUUUUUUAAGGAAAGAAAAAAGACAAAAAGAGACAAACUCUUCUAUCCAGAGCAUGGAAUUCAGACA